AGCGUCACGUGAUUCAGGCGGAAAAAAUUCGGUGAACGUUUCCUCUGCGAUCCUGAAGAGUCCAGCACACGUGUCCCCCUUUCCCUGCAGGAGUCCGGUUUGUUUACCUGCAGAGACCGGGAGGAUCCACCGAGCUCCAGGAUGUCUGAAGAGAUGUCCCUUGGCGGGGAGCAGCCCCAGUCUGCCUCCAUGUCCUCAUCCCAAGCCCAGGCAACCCAGUCCACUCUGUCCCCAUCCCAGGCGCUGUCCACCCAGUCCCCAACCCAGUCCAAGUCCCAGUCCCAGACCGGUUCCAGCUCCUCCAGUGGGCCUACCUCAGCCAGCCAGUCGUCCAGCGGCUCGGGGACACUGAGCAGCGUGGACACCCUCCCUGUUACCCUGGCAUCUGUCCCAGAGGAGCCGGAAGUUCAACCCUGGGGCCGCCUGCUGCCUAUGGCGCGAGGCUUCAGGAGCCACGACUGCGUGGAGGAGCAGUAUCUGUUUGGACGGGACAAAAAGUGCAACUAUAUCCUGGGUGAUCCAGACGACAUGACCUCGAAGAAGUUCAGGAUAUACAGCAAGAAGCACUUCAGGAUCUACAGAGAGGGAAACGAGGUGUUUGUGACGGACUACAGUAACAAUGGGACGUAUGUCGACGGGAACCUGGUCGGCAAAGACAAGAAGCUUCCUCUCGUGAACAACGCCGUGCUCGCUCUGUCCGAACCCCGUAACAAAGUCUUCGUCUACAUCGAUCUGAUGUCCGACAACCAGGCCUGUUUACCCAAAGAGCUUCGGGAGAAAUACGUGCUGACUCGGCAGAUCGGCACAGGUGUGUGUGGCGAAGUCAAAUUGGCCUUCGAGAGAUCCACGUGCAGAAAACUCGCCGUGAAAAUAAUAAACAAGAAGAACUUCCAGUCUGAAGGGACGGCGACACGGAACGCAGAGACAGAGAUCGAGAUUCUGAAGAGGGUGGACCACCCUUGCCUCAUAAAGACAGAGGACUUCUAUCAGACGGAUAACAGCUACUUCAUCAUGUUGGAGCUGAUGGAGGGAGGGGAGUUAUUCCACAAAGUGAAGUCCCAGCAGCAGCUCCAGGAGUCCGUCGCCAAACUCUACUUCUACCAAAUGCUGAGAGCCGUCCAGUAUCUCCACAGUAACGGGAUAAUUCACAGAGACCUAAAGCCAGAGAACAUCCUCCUGUCCUCACAAAACGAUGUCUGUCUCAUCAAGGUGACUGAUUUCAAUCAGUCGAGAAUAUUGGAGGAGGCGAUGUUAAUGAGGACUCUGUGUGGGACUCCGUCCUACCUGGCCCCCGAGGUCUUCACACAAGCCUCCACCACAGGUUACGGUCUCGCCGUGGACGCAUGGAGCCUCGGAGUCCUGCUCUUUGUCUGUCUGGGUGGUUAUCCUCCAUUCCAUGAAAAUUUCAGCGCUAAAACGAUUAAAGAUCAGAUCAUUGGAGGAGAAUUCACCAUGGUGCCGUCCAAGUGGAAACAGGUCUCUGACCAAGCAAAGGACGUGGUGAGGAAGCUGCUGGUUGUUGAUCCCAGUAAGAGGAUGACGAUUGAGGAGGCUCUGCAGCACCCCUGGUUACAGGAUGAGGGGAUGUUGAAGACGGCUCACAGUCUCAUGUACCCCGCUGAUGAGGUCGCUGCAGGUGAAGUCACUGCAGGUGAGGUCGCUGCAGGUGAGGCUGCUGCAGGCGAUGUCGCUGAUGCUGUUCCUGCUACUGCUGCAGUGGCUCAAAAGGAGGCGGAGUCAGCGUCAAGAGGCCAGGGGCGUAAACGAGGCAGAGAUAAGGGAGACCACGAGGAAGAAGAGGAGGGACAACCAGCCAAACGGAGCCAAGCCCCGCCCCCUGCCCCCCCAUAGAGGACCAGUCUUAUUCAAAAGCAAAAGGAGUUUAGCUGCCAGUUGAUUAAAAAGUGGGUCAGUACGAUGUUAUAACAAAUUUUUUAUGUUCGUGUUGAAAUGUCGUACCUUUUAUUUCCUCCUAUUUGACGUAAAAUUAUGUUUACCUCACGAGAGAAUCACGUUGUUAUCAUUAUUAUACGAUAUGUUUGAGUUCUUUCUCUUUCACACCUUUACCUCUGCACAUUUAAGACUUCACAGAGAUAGGAGGAAAGCAAGAUAUCUCACUCAAAGUCAUUUAGAUCAUCACUAAAAACACACACCGUACGAUCAUGAAUACUACACUGUACAUUUUAAAAAUUCAUAGAUGUUAAUCAAAUUGCAAAAAAUAAUUACUUACGCAUCGAUUAUAAGACACUGAUUUUAAAGUGUUUUUGGCUACAUCAUAUUUCUAAGUCUUCAGAACAUCAUAAAGAAUGCAGCCCGAGUCAUAAGAAAUAAAAUACAUCUUUGAAAGUCAUUUUAAAAAUAGAAAAUGCAUUUUUUUUUUUUUUAGCUGAGAUCUGAAGUUCUUCUGAGUGAGACAUCUUGCUUUUGUUGGAUCUUUGUUGCUGUACUGUUCGUCAAAUGUUCACGUAAUUACAGAAAAAGAGAAGUGAGAUCUUGGAUUGAAAAGAGUUCCUGUUCAAAUUAAAGUUCUGUUCCGUAAAUUAAUUAAGAAAUACGUUGAAGUUGUUUUAUAGUUUUAAGUUGUAACAUUUUACUGAUCCAUUCUUUUGGCAGCUUCUGUCCUGAUCACUACUGAAAGGUUGUAAAUAAAGUUUCUAUUAAAGUUUUUGUAUUUUUCA